CAGUUCUGUUGGGUCUAUCUGGGAACAUUGUGUGUUUGGAAACCAACAGCACUUCAGAGUUUUAAAGGAUGCCAGCCUUUUUAAAGACAGUGAGGGGCUCAACAUAAACAAGAAGAAGAAGCGCAGCAUGCAGCUACUUGGAGAGUGUUGAUUGAAAACUUCGAUCUCCCCACCCCGUUCACGGUUGAUUCGACUGAUUUCUCACCUCGUUCACAGAGAAUAUUUCAAUUAAGGUCCCUUUAGAUGGAAUGUAAUACAGCAGAAGUCUUUUCAUCAAAAGGAUUAAUGCCCACAUUAUCAUUUCUGCCAUAAAACAGAAAGCCAAGUGGUGGAGGCCACAGACACCUCAAACCUGGAUUCCACAAUUCUACAUUAAGUGCUGGAGUUUUUAUUACUUGGCUGCAGGAAAGCCUUUGCCAAUGCUUACAAGGAACUGCUUAUCCCUGCUUCUCUGGGUCCUGUUUGAUGGAGGUCUCCUAACACCACUUCAACCACAGCCACAACAGUCUUUAGCCACAGAACCAGCAGAUAAUGUCAUCCACCUGCCUGGGCAGCGAUCACAUCUCCACCGAGUUAAACGUGGCUGGGUAUGGAAUCAAUUUUUUGUGCUGGAGGAAUACAUGGGCUCCGAGCCUCAGUAUGUGGGAAAGCUCCAUUCUGACUUAGAUAAGGGAGAGGGCACUGUGAAAUACACCCUCUCAGGAGAUGGCGCUGGCACCGUUUUUACCAUUGAUGAAACCACAGGGGACAUUCAUGCAAUAAGGAGCCUGGAUAGAGAAGAGAAACCUUUCUACACACUUCGUGCUCAGGCUGUGGACAUAGAAACCAGGAAGCCCCUGGAGCCGGAAUCAGAAUUCAUCAUCAAAGUGCAGGAUAUUAAUGAUAAUGAGCCAAAGUUUCUGGAUGGACCUUAUGUCGCUAGUGUCCCAGAAAUGUCUCCUGUGGGUGCAUAUGUGCUCCAGGUCAAGGCCACGGAUGCAGAUGACCCGACCUAUGGAAACAGUGCCAGAGUCGUUUAUAGCAUUCUUCAGGGACAACCUUAUUUCUCUAUUGACCCCAAGACAGGUGUCAUUAGAACAGCUUUGCCAAACAUGGACAGGGAAGUCAAAGAACAAUACCAAGUCCUCAUCCAAGCCAAGGAUAUGGGCGGACAACUGGGAGGGUUAGCCGGAACGACAAUAGUCAACAUCACCCUCACUGACGUCAAUGACAAUCCACCUCGAUUUCCCAAAAGCAUCUUCCAUCUGAAAGUUCCUGAGUCUUCUUCAAUUGGCUCAGCUAUUGGAAGAAUAAGAGCUGUGGAUCCCGAUUUUGGAAAAAAUGCAGAAAUUGAGUACAACAUUGUCCCAGGAGAUGGGGGAAAUUUGUUUGACAUUGUCACAGAUGAAGAUACACAAGAAGGAGUCAUCAAACUGAAAAAGCAGUUAGAUUUUGAAACAAAGAAGGCAUAUACUUUUAAAGUAGAAGCCUCCAACCUUCACCUUGACCACCGGUUUCACUCCGCGGGCCCUUUCAAAGACACAGCCACAGUGAAGAUCAGCGUGCUGGACGUGGAUGAGCCACCAGUUUUUAGCAAGCCGUUGUACACCAUGGAGGUUUACGAGGACACCCCAAUCGGGACCAUCAUUGGUGCUGUCACCGCCCAAGAUCUCGAUGUGGGCAGCAGUGCUGUUAGGUACUUCAUAGAUUGGAAGAGUGAUGGGGACAGCUACUUUACAAUAGAUGGAACGGAAGGAACCAUUGCCACUAAUGAAUUACUAGACAGAGAAAGCACGGCGCAGUAUAAUUUCUCCAUAAUUGCGAGUAAAGUUAGUAACCCAUUGUUAAGCAGCACAGUCAACAUAUUGAUUAAUGUCCUAGAUGUCAAUGAGUUUCCUCCAGAAAUAUCUGUGCCAUAUGAGACAGCUGUGUGUGAAAAUGCCAAACCAGGACAGAUAAUUCAGAUAGUCACUGCUGCAGACCGAGAUCUUUCACCUGCUGGGCAGCAAUUCUCUUUUAGAUUAUCACCUGAAGCUGCCAUCAAACCAAAUUUCACAGUCCAUGACUUCAGAAACAACACAGCUGGAAUUGAAACCCGAAGAAAUGGAUACAGCCGCAGGCAGCAAGAGUUGUACUUCCUCCCUGUUGUAAUAGAAGACAGCAGUUAUCCUGUCCAAAGCAGCACAAACACAAUGACUAUUCGAGUUUGUAGGUGUGACUCUGAUGGUACCAUCCUGUCUUGUAAUGUGGAAGCAAUUUUCCUACCCGUAGGACUCAGCACUGGGGCUCUGAUCGCAAUCCUACUGUGCAUUGUUAUACUCUUAGUCAUAGUUGUGCUGUAUGUAGCUCUGCGAAGGCAGAAGAAGAAAGACACCCUGAUGACCUCUAAAGAAGACAUCAGGGACAAUGUGAUCCACUACGACGAUGAGGGAGGCGGGGAGGAGGACACCCAGGCUUUUGACAUCGGUGCUCUGAGAAAUCCGAAGGUUAUUGAAGAUAACAAAAUUCGCAGGGAUAUAAAACCCGACUCUCUCUGUUUACCUCGUCCGAGACCUCCCAUGGAAGAUAACACGGACAUAAGGGAUUUCAUUAAUCAAAGGCUGCAGGAAAAUGAUGUGGACCCAGCCGCCCCACCAUAUGAUUCAUUGGCAACAUAUGCAUAUGAAGGAAAUGGGUCGGUAGCAGAUUCCCUGAGCUCCAUAGACUCCCUCACCACAGAAGCCGACCAGGACUACGACUAUCUGACCGACUGGGGACCCCGCUUUAAAGUCUUGGCAGAAAUGUUUGGCGAAGAAGAGAGUUAUAACCCUGAUAAAGUCACUUAGAGCAGCAGCGGAGGAUAAACCUCGACCAAAAGGAAGAACUGAAGGAAAAGACACAGAAACAGAAAUCCCACACACGUGCCCGCACGCACCCAACACACCAGGCUUUAUAGGACAAGAUUCCUCUUUCUGGUUUCUAGCAAGUUGCUAUAUUUAUCAUAUUGUCAGUUUUGGUUUAUUCUGCCAACACAAGAUAAAUCCUAUUAUAUGUA